AUGAAAAAUUCUAUGUCGGCGUGGCCCGACAUAGUAUUUAUCGACGGCACAUAUAUGCUCCUCAAAACACGUCUCACGGUGAUGCUUCUCGUAGUAGAAGAUGGUAAUGGUCUCACCGAAGUCGUUGGAGUUGGAUUGCUUGCCAACGAAAAUCGCCCAACGUUCGAGUGGUUUCUACGAACAUUUAAGGAUGCCAAUACCGAAGCUUGCUCCAGAAUCCGGAGCAUAAUGGGAGACAAAGAUCUUCUGGAGCGCGAUGUAUUGAAAGAAGUUUUUUCGGGUGUUCCAGUCUACAUUUGUCGGUUCCACACGUUAAGAACAUUUAAAAGAGCUAUCUCGACCGAAAUCGCUGGAACUAAAAAAGUCGAGUGUCUAAAACUGCUGGAGCGAAUGGUGUAUAGUUCAUCAGAAGACGAAUAUGAUAAACUGUACACCCAGUUUCGCGAAAUAGCUCCAGACCAAGUUUUGAAUUAUUUUGUAAAAAACUGGCACGAAAUCCGGGAGGAUUGGACAGCUUAUAGCAUGACCGACGGAAAUUUAAAAAACAUGACCAACAAACGAUUGGAGUCCAUGAACGGAAAAAUCAAACAAGUUGUCCAAAAAAAUAGUUCAUUGGUGGAAUUUAUUAACAAGUUUUUCGGCUGGCUCCGCUCGCAUAAUUUCGAGGCAAAUGCAAAAUUGGCAAAAGCUUUUUUGAAAGUUCCGGUUGAACCCUAUAGCGCGGAGACCGAUGAAUACAAAUUUAAAAGAUAUUUGAUGCCAUUUGUUUUUCCUACCGUUCUCGGUGAAUUGGAAAAAGUAAAAUAUAUUCAAAUAAACGAAUGUAUUGAUGAAACAGAAAAAAAAUGCAUCAUAAAAUCAAAUCGAGCGAAUCUUGAAGCGAGCGAUCGGGUAUGUCAUUGCGAAGUCUGGACAUCUUCUCUUCUACCGUGUCGUCAUAUCUUCGCUGUUCGCAAACACUUUGGUAUGCCGCUAUUCGCUGAAGAAUUGUGCAAUCAACGAUGGACGAGACAAUACGUAAUGGAAAAUCAUCGAUCUUUUAACCAGUCGGGAUUACAAAUUCAAAAAACUGUAGACUCCCCGGUACCGUCAGUACACACUGUAAUAUCGAAAAAGCCCGUUUCCGUUCAAGAUAAGAGAAGAAAAAUAACUCCGUUCGCAAAACAAUUAAUCGAUUUGGCGAGCAAUGCAUGUGGUCCUCGGUUUGACAACAGGAUGGACAUUUUGAAGACCAUUUGCCAUUCUUGGAGCGAAGGGCAUGAAGUAAAAAUCCUAAAGCUAAAUGACCUUACGGAAUUCGAACCAAACGAAGAAGUAAAUGUUGGUUAA